UAGCAAAUGUCUCAGUUCUCUUUCUGUGGAAGCAGCAAAGAAGCAGUACGCCCAGCACAUCACUUCUCGUUGGUGGGUUCUGAACUACGAAGAUGAAACUGCUUCUCUUACUCUCCGUCAUCUGCCUGAUGGCCACUGUCAGCUUCAGUCAGCCUCCUGGUCCUCCUGGUCCUCCUGGUGAAAAAGGCGAAAAAGGAGAUCCAGGAUAUCCUGGGAUUCCUGGGAUGAUAGGACCACCUGGACCUCCUGGAUUUCAGGGGGCUAAAGGGAAUCGAGGAUUACAUGGGGUGCCUGGGAUGCCUGGAAAUCCUGGAGUUGAUGGAACAUGCUCUGCUACUGAGACGAGCUGCCCAGACCUCAGAGCCUUGAAGGACAGACUUGCCAAGCUAGAGCUCGCCGUUAACUAUCAUUUUGUCCGGAAAGUUGGUCAGAAAUACUUUGUGUCCAACAAGGAGAGAGGCUCUUUCUCCAGGGCUGUCGAAUUCUGCUCCCAACAACACUUAGAGCUGGCUUUGCCCCAGAACGAGGAGGAGAACAACGCACUGACUCAAGUGUUUGGCGAUGUUUACAAGGCAGCUUGGAUCAGUGUCAACAACAAAAAGGCAGAGGGGAAUUUUGAGGUGGAUAUGAAAAACCAACGUCUGACCUUUACCAAGUGGGGAGAAGGUCAGCCAGACAAAUCCAUCCAAGAUACAGGCUGCACCAUGCUGUCAGAAAACGGCAUCUGGCGAGUUACACCAGAAUGCUUCCUGAACGCUUACAUCAUUUGUCAGUUAUAGAAAGUUCACAGUUCCUUGCAAAUCUCGCUUUGAGGGAUUUUCUUUCCCCAUGUUAUGUUUAUCUCAACUUUUCAUGAAGUGAAUUAACACAUAACUUUCUUAAAUAAUGAUAAAUGACAUCCUACCCUGUG